AUGAGCUUGCCGUCAUCACUCACGGUGGUCUAUCCACCCUCGUUUCAAAACUCGUUCUGGUCCCAUCCUUCGUACCGUCCAGGCGCAUACAGUCUCUACACCAAGCUUCAAGCGGGUCUCGACGAGAACGAGUCCAUCCUGGCCUUUGUCGCGCACCGCGCAGAGCUUGAAUACAACCAUGCAGAGGCGCUCGCAACUCCACCACCUCCGCCCUCGUUUGCUGCUCCGCUCUUCAAGCAGUCUGCCGGUAUUCUUCACGAGGUACUACCUCUCGAUGGCGGCGCUUCCUCCGCUUCCACCCGAGGUUUUGCUGCCAACACCUCGGCCACCUCGCGCGCAUUCAGAAUGAUCCAGGCAGAGACCAACACAGCGCACGCAAACGCUCACGGCAAGAUUGCACGUCACCUGGAAAAUUCCAUCCUCGGACCGUUUGGCAAGUGGGCUGCCGAUCACAGACAACGCAUCACGCAGAGCUGGGAACACGUCGAUGCCACUCUGACACGCUUCGAACGUCAAAAGUCGGAAGUCGACAAGCUCAAACUCAGCUACGAGAACAAGUGCCGCACCGCCGACGAAGCCGAAGAUGAUGUGCGCUUUGCUGCUAUCGACGAAUCGGAUGGUGUUCAGUCACCUCCUCCAUCUUCGGACCCGGCGCUUCCAUCUCCUGGCUCAUCAGCCUCUGGACUGCAGCGCAGCGCUGGAUCCAUCGACAGCACCAAGUCGGCCGAAUCUGCAGAGCACAAGCCAGAUCCCGAGAAACUCAAGCGUCGAGAGACGGUUCGAAAGCAGUUUGGUUUCACUCAGCGAGCCACCUCGGCCACGAUCACUCCACCAUCCAAGCAAACCGAGUUUGCCGGCGUCAAGCUUCCGCCUCUGCCCACCGAGACGGAAGGUCAGGCUCUUCAGAGUGGCGCAGAGACGGGCGCGCCAGCUUCGAGCCUCAGGCGCUCCGGCACCAUCUCGGCCUUGGUCACUUCCGCAGUCGAAAAGAUGCCCGCCCCCAUCAAGGCAGCCGUCAACGGUGUCGUCUCCGCUGAGCCACGUCAUCUCCGACUGAGGCGCGAAGCUGACAACGCCGAAAAGGUAUACGAGGAGUCUGUUCGCAACCUCGAUCGAACGCGCUGUCAAGUCGAAGAGGUGCUCUUUGAGCAUUAUGGCCUCACUCAGCGCUGGGAGGCGGACCGCAUUCGAGCCGUCCAUUCGGUGCUUGCCUCGUACAAUCAGGCUGUCUCGGCUCAAGUGCCCAUCUUGCAACAGUCGAGCACUCGCUCUUUCCAAAUUCAUCAAGGUCUUGAUCCCUCGCUCGAGCUGCGUGCGCUGAUCCGCCAGGCGAGGACGGGCGCCUUCCAUCCUACCAUUCAACGCUUCCAGCCGUACUACCACGACGAAAUCUCACUCGGCCGCAAAGUUGGUCCGCACGGUGUCGCGCAUGGCUGGCUUGUUAAGAAUGGCGGAUUUGGGCUGAAUCUGUCGCUCGUGGAGCGUCUCGAGUACCUCGAACGACUCGAGCGCCAACAGUCGGCGACCGAUGCCGACUCGACGUCGAGCAUGCAUGGUGCUGCACAAGAGCUUGCUCUGCUUCCGCCCGUACUGACGGCGCUCUUGGAAGCGUUGGAGCGCGCCUACCAAGACUCUGAGCGGUGGUCUGCGCGGGUCAGAGCGCUGUCACCGUCUGCCAGUCGCACCGAGGACAAGGCGGAUGAUGAACAAGUGCAAGCUGCGCAACCGGAUGCGCAGCUGAUCGGCCAGGAAAAGCGCAACGUGUGGAUCCUCGAGGUUCCGCUGUCCAUCACGCAUCGUCUGCGAGACGCGCUGAUUGCGCACCUCAACCCGUCGCUUGCGGACCUCAUUUAUGGCAGCGCCAACAGCGCCGAUGCUGCCAACGGUGCCAAGCCGGUCCCGGACAAGUUGCUGGAUUCGUACGAUCCACCGGUGCUCGCGGCGUGUGUAAAGUUGUGGUUGCUCGAACUCGAGCAUAGUCUCAUCACGGAGGAUCUGUGGGAUCAGAUCGACGCGAUCUACCGUGCUGCUGCGGCGCAAGAGCACGAUGCGCUCGCUGCGGCUAAACGUACGCAUACGCCGUCGAGCACAGACGCUAGCACACCAGUAGACGCACCAGCAGACGCAGACGCACGCGCAGACGCAGACGCACACGCAGACGCACAAGCACAAGACACGUCGAAUGCCACACCGCACGUUUCGACAACGCAACCAGAGACGGUGAUUGACGAAGCUACUAGAGACAAAAUCCGUGGCGGUGUGCUGGAAGAUUUGCGCGUGGUACUGAACAAGCUGCCUCGGACGCAUCUAGCGUGUCUGGAUGCCGUGUUUGCGCAUCUGCACAAGCUGGUGCACUCGACGCGAUCGGGAGAAGCCGACAGGAUCUACUGUAACAAGCUUGGGCUUUCGCUGGGGAGCGCUGUGUUGCGGCCGAUGCGAGAAAGUGGGUAUACGCUGGUCUCGCCGAUUGCGACAUUGGUAGUGGUGGAUCUUGUGCAGGACUACGAGCAUAUUUUUCCGCGCGUGCUGGAUGCCAAGAUCAGGCAGAUGCAUCAGGGCGACAAUGCUAGGGCUGCUAGGGGGGUUCCGAUUAGGAAGCGGACUAAACCGGUUGAUGAGCGCAUUUCACGAUCGAGCAUGCGCGCACAUUCCGCGCUCGCGCUCGAGCAGCGGGUAAAGCCCAUCGACCACGCUCAGCCGGCUACUGCUGCUCGUACUGAUUCGGCUGGCGAUCACGAUCACGCCUCCUCU